CGGAAGGUGUGGUAGAGGGGAGGGUCGAUGACGUGCGCCGUGAAGAUGGUAAAAGAUGGACGAUGGGAAGGCGAUGAUGACGAUGACCGGCCCCUUGCCAGCGGGCGGAAGAGAACUGCAGAGGAGGUUAAUCCGGAGGUUAAUUGCGACGCUUUUUGGGGUCAAGGCCCCAGAAAACAGUUGAGGGAGGCGAUUCGCGGCUGCGCCGACUACUUCGUCGCCAUCACCAACAAUGACGCAGGAGCCGAACCACUGUCCAUGCUCAUCAUGUCGCUGAACGAUGUGCCACGCUUCAAGAUUGACAAUCCGACGCAGCGUGAACGGGCUUUGCGCAGAGCGCGCAUCGUGGAGAAACUGGUAAUGCGCACUAUCCACGGGUGGAUAUUCAAAUUGUCGUCGAGGUCGAAUGGCUUCACUCGUGUAGAGUCGUACAUUAUCGUCGACUACACUAUUGACGUUGCACGAGCUGUUUGGCAGGGGUUGGAAUGGUCGAGAGUGGUUUCCCAAGCCCUCAUUUACUACACGCUGCAGAUGAAGGGCGACGUGCCUUUGUGGUUCGCUAUGGUGAAAAUUGUGGACAAACCUUAAGAUGAUGACAUGGUGGUGCAACAGGAGGCAACAGUUCUUCGCGUGGUGGAGUGUUGUACAAAUGUGCUUUGGUGUAG